UGGAGAAAUCAGAUCCAAGUUUUAUUAAUCUAUCUCAUCCAAAAUUCAAUACAAUAUUUUACUCUCUUUUAAAUUUGUCACUUUGUGAGUGUUCAUAUUUUGUUGCAAGCGAAAACCCUAGUUUCUCUCAACCCUUCCUCUGCGACAGGUUAUUCUUUCUGUCUGCUUAAACAAUGGCUGAUGGUGAAUCGGACAAGAAUAUUGAGAUAUGGAAGAUCAAAAAGUUGAUCAAAGGACUGGAAGCUGCAAGAGGUAAUGGUACUAGCAUGAUUUCUCUGAUAAUGCCUCCACGCGAUCAAAUAUCUCGUGUCACUAAGAUGUUGGGAGAUGAAUUUGGAACUGCUUCAAACAUCAAAAGUAGGGUAAACCGGCAAUCAGUGCUUGGAGCCAUUACUUCUGCACAACAGAGGUUGAAACUUUAUAAUAAGGUUCCUCCAAAUGGAUUGGUUCUGUAUACUGGUACCAUUCUCACUGAGGACGGCAAGGAAAAGAAGGUGACGUUUGAUUUUGAACCUUUCAAACCAAUCAAUGCAUCACUUUAUCUCUGCGACAACAAAUUUCACACAGAAGCUCUAAAUGAACUUCUAGAAUCUGAUGACAAGUUUGGUUUUAUUGUUAUGGAUGGAAAUGGAACCCUUUUCGGGACAUUAAGUGGAAAUACUCGUGAGGUGCUUCAUAAAUUUACUGUUGAUCUACCAAAGAAACAUGGUAGAGGAGGACAGUCAGCUUUGCGUUUUGCUCGUCUUCGGAUGGAAAAACGACACAAUUACGUCAGGAAGACUGCAGAACUUGCCACUCAGUUUUACAUCAACCCUGCUACCAGUCAGCCUAAUGUUGCUGGACUCAUUCUUGCUGGUUCAGCUGACUUCAAGACUGAGCUGAGUCAAUCAGAUAUGUUUGAUCCUCGUUUGCAAGCAAAAAUAUUAAAUGUGGUUGAUGUCUCUUAUGGUGGGGAAAAUGGCUUUAAUCAAGCUAUUGAAUUAUCUGCAGAGAUUCUAUCUAAUGUGAAGUUCAUUCAAGAGAAACGCUUGAUAGGAAAAUAUUUUGAAGAGAUAAGCCAAGAAACUGGUAAAUAUGUUUACGGAGUUGAUGACACAUUGAAGGCUCUAGAAAUGGGUGCGGUUGAAACACUCAUUGUAUGGGAGAAUUUGGAUAUUACUAGGUAUGUGCUGAAAAAUGCUACCACUGGUGAGAUUGUAAUAAAGCAUUUGAAGAAGGGACAAGAAAAUGAUCAAAGCAACUUCCGCGAUGUGGCCACAUCUGCAGAUUUGGAGGUUCAGGAGAAGAUGCCGUUACUUGAGUGGUUUGCGAAUGAGUACAAAAGAUUUGGAUGCUCGCUGGAAUUCGUGACCAACAAAUCUCAAGAAGGGUCACAGUUUUGCAGAGGGUUUGGUGGUAUUGGAGGUAUGCUUCGCUACCAGCUUGAUAUCAGAUCAUUUGAUGAGUUAUCUGAUGAUGAAGUGUACGAGGAUUCUGAUUAAGUGCGUAUUUGGAUUGACAAUGAUUUUGGCAGAACCUGCGUCCCACAAAAUCACGGUGCCCGUAAAUUUGUCAAAUUCACAUUGAUUCCAAUUAUGCAUUAAAUAUCUGUUAUUCUAGUGCCUGUCAUUGUUUUUUGUUUGGAUAAUUGGAUGAAUGACUUUCACCAAAUAUUUCCUACAGAUCAUUUGAAUUUUGUGUUACUGAGAUGGUACUGAUACUCAGUCCUUUGUUGCUACAUCUAUCAUAAGUUUACUGUUCACUAUUAUUUUAUGUUGCCUCCUAAAUUA